GUGCUCCCGUUGGUCCUGGCUGCAGAGACAAGGACCCCGCGGGCGCGGCCUUGCGUGCGUUCGGAUCGGCGACGGGGUCUUGAGGCGGCGCUGCUAGUUGGCUGUUGCUGGCUCUUCUUCGGCGAACGAGCGCUGGCCUUUGACUUCAACGGCGCCAGUUUGGCGGCGGCCGCAAGUAGCUCGCCCUACGGCGCCGCCGGCUUUGUGCUCGCCCACUGCCUGGCCAUCGUCGCCUGCUUCCCCGGCACCGGCGCCUUCGAGCUGGCCGCCGGCGCUGCCUUCGGGUUUUGGCCCGGUGCGGCCAUGGUGGCGGCAGCAAAGGAACGGCUCGGAGCGGUCGCCGUAUGGCCGUUUUGA